AUACUUUCUUGUCUCUCUUUGGUUGGUCUCUACCCCCUGGAAGGGUCUGCACUGCACAUCUCGUCCCUCUUGUACCCCUGGAUGACUUGACCGACAGAGUCUAAUUCCCUCUUCUUCAUCUCCCUCUUCUGCUCGCGUCCCUCCACAUUUUCUCAUCCCCAGAGCGUUUCAUCCUUUUUAUCUCUCUCACCCUACUGUUCUUCUCGCGAGACUUCCUGUCCGACCAGAGGGGACUUUGCUUCUCUCUCGCACGCUCUUUUCGGGAACCUCUUCUUAUCUUCUCGUUCCUUGCCACUUUCUUUAAAUUCUAGGCAUUCUUUUGCGCCUCCGCCAGACAUUGUCCAGUGGUCACUGCAUUUCUGCGAAUUCCGUUCUUGUACAGAAAUACUUUGACAAGCGUGCGACUGGCUUGCCGUACCGUUCAUAUUUGAAUCCUAGGAAAGCUCGACAGGGAAUAAACAAGAUGAAGUACUCGAUUGCCUUUACUCUGGCCGCGGCGGGCUCCUUCGUGGCUGCUCAGCACCACCACCAGCACCGUCACCACCACAAGCGUGAUGCCGACACCGUCAUCAAGUACGUUCUCGACGGCAACUCCAUCUCGGCCAGCGACGUCUGCCAGGGCAUCAAGGACGGCUCUCUCGAAUACAAGCCCGGCGAGCCUACGCCUGUCGUGGACCCUUGCCAGGAGAGCACUGCUGCUUCUUCUACGUCGGCUCCUUCUGCUACGCUUUCCGUCGACGCCGCCGCCGAGUUUGCUGAGACCUCUGCCUCCGUCGCCCCCGCGACCACCAGCGCGGCUGCCAGCUCUACACCUUCCAGCAGCUCUUCCAGCUCCAGCGGCUCCAGCGGCUCCUCGAGCGGCACUGGCAUGGGCCGCGAUUUCCCCGACGGUGAAAUCGACUGCGGUACUUUCCCCUCCGAGUAUGGAGCUAUUGCUCUCGACUACCUGGAUCUUGGCGGAUGGUCCGGUAUCCAGUACGUCACCUUCGCCGACGAAGUCAUCAGCGACAUCGUCACUGCUGUGACCGGCGACAAGUGCCACAACGGCGCUAUGUGCUCGUAUGCCUGCCCUCCCGGUUACCAGAAGUCCCAGUGGCCCAGCACCCAGGGUUCCACUGGCCAAUCCGUUGGUGGUCUUCAGUGCAAGAACGGCAAGCUCUACCUCACCAACAAGGACCUGUCCAGCAAGCUCUGCAUUGAGGGUGUUGGCGGUGUUCACGCCCAGAACAACUUGGGCGAGGAGGUUGCUAUCUGCCGUACUGACUACCCUGGUACCGAGGCCGAGACCAUUCCCCUCACCCUUGGAAACAACGAUCUCCAGCCCCUCACUUGCCCUGACAGCAACUACUUCAAGUGGCAGCAGAAGGUCACCUCCGCUCAGUACUACGUGAACCCCAAGGGUGUGUCGACCAAGAAGGGUUGCCAGUGGGGUGACGGCAGCGAGCCCGUCGGCAACUGGGCCCCCAUCAACCUCGGUGUUGGCGAGAACAACGGCAAAUGGCUCUCGAUCUUCCAGAACUCCCCCACCACCGACGAGAAGCUUGACUUCAACAUUAAGAUCAAGGGUGAUGACCUUGGUGGCUCGUGCAAGUACGAGGAUGGUACCUUCACUUCCGACACCGGCUCCAACGACUCUGGCUGCACUGUCGAGGUCAAGUCCGGCGAUGCCACCUUUGUCUUCUACUGAACAACUUCUACGAUCCUGUUGUGAGGUCCGUUACUUUGCCUGGCCACAGCCCGCGGGUGCAAACAUGACGAGGCAAUUACACAAUAAACAUAUUUCCAUUUUCAUGCCUCUGUCCGCAUUGAUGCUUUCUUCUGUGUAUCUUAGUAUGUUGUCCAUAUGACUUGGAAAGUAUAUCUUCUUGUCAUAUGUAAUGUCUCUAUUCGCUUGGUAGGGACAAUUGUGUUUAGAUUUACCUUCUCUACUGCGAAGUAACUCCCGUUUCCCACUUUCCACCUUAUGUACACACGCGCACUGUCUCUUUGUUGUUUUAUGUUCUAUAUCUCUGGUCUAUUAAUCGCAUGUACUGUUCAAUAGAUAUGAUGUAAGUAUUAAUGAUUAGUAGAGCAUUUCCAAUGGGUUAUCUUGUGUGGAGUAAAGCAAUACUGAGUAGAAGAUCUGAAUCGCCCCCACGUGGUGCAUCGCCAGAGUACAAGAUCUACGGAGUACUGUGCUGGGUCACGGACCGGUACAGAUAUAUAAAUAUGCGUCCAUGGCUAGACCUCACCGACCGCCU